AUGUUCUGCCUCAGGAGCUGGCUCCCACUCCUCUUCAUCCCAACCAACGCCUCCCCGCUCUUCAUCAUCUCCUUCGUCACCCUCACCUACAUCCUCCACCGCCCGUGCAUCUACUGCUCCACGCUGCUGCUCAUCCUCUUCAUCUCCUCUUGCCACUGGGCAGACCGCUGCUUCUUCGACUUCCGCGGCGACUGGUUUUCCCCGCGCUUCACCGGCCCCGACUACCACGAUCCGUCCGCCUUCGCCGCCCAGAAUGGGUCCCUCGCAAGCUACGUGAUCGAGACCGUCAACGCGACCACGAAGACGCUGGCGGGCGCCGCGGUUGAGGAGGCCCAGCGCCGGCUGGCGUUCAACGGGUCGAGUGCCCUGGGCCAGGGCCAGCAGGAAUGGACCGGCGUGGGACUCGAGUGGUUGCGGAGUCUUCUUGGGCGGCGGGAGUGGACUCUGCCCUGUGUGGAUGUCAAGGUUCGGCUCUGA